AUGAAAAGAACAAAACUCUUAUCUACAUUCUUGAAAAUAGCAGCUAUUCUGCAUGAAAGUUUAGUAAGUGCGCGAUUUAAAGCGUAUAGAGAGAAUGUUAAAAACUCCUCUUAUAUAUUUUCCAAUUUGCCUGUGGUCUUGAUUACAUCUAUUGGAAAAGUAGAUAUACACCCAGAUGGUGUAUUGAACGAUGUAUACAGUUAUUGCAUUCAUAAGCAAGGACUUUUCCAUGCACAUAACACGACUUUGCGUGAAUUUCGCAUUAAAAAAACAUCUACUGCUACCGAUGAAGAAGUUACAUUCAUGAAAGAAUACUGCAAUAUAUUUCGAAUACUAUUUCCAUUUACUGAGCCAGAAUUUCCUAUCCAGAAAACUACGGAAGGAUCUUUUUUUCUUUUCUUAGUGAGUCUUCAAGAAUCCAAGGAUGACAUUGCUUUGCUUAUAUAUCUGAUGCUACUAUGUGAGGGGGAUGAUCUAAGUAUUGAAGCAAAGUUAUAUGACGAAGACUCGUAUCGUAGGAAAACUUCACAGAAUAAGUAUUAUUUAGAUAUUCUGCCUAAGUCAGCAGGCGCUAUAAACAAUAUAGUUGCUAAAAUGAAAAAAACCAAUGCUAAGAUAUUUGGCGAAAAUGAAAUAUAUCUGCCAGAGUUUAUGCAAGUAUUAGAGUUUUUCCAGAAAUACAAAACACAUCCAAAGAUAGAUAUAACCAAAAUGCAUGGCAUGUUUGGUAAGAGGCCUUUAUUUUCGCAGCAUACCAUGCCAACCGCACAUCUCUUGAUACGAAUGUAUAUUUAUUAUUAUUGCAGAUAUUUCAAUUGCAGGAGCAGACUUUCUGUAUAUACUUUUUAUAUACUAAAUGACCACUUAGGUAAUUUAAAAAAGGAUUCUUCUAAUACAUCAAAGUCAAAUAAAAAAAAAGAAACAGCUAUUAACAUAGGCGUUCGUAAAAAAGAAUCGUCUAGUGUUCAAGAUGUUUCUACACCGCUAAUUGAGAGACAAGAUGUUAAUGAAGAAUCUGCUAUGAAAGAAUCUAUCAAAAAACGUACUUCUGAUAUUCAUGACAACCUAUUUGUAAAAAAAAUAUGUACUCCAAGACUUCCUAGGUCCAAAUUUAACGCACUAUUGUUUUGUCUUCUACAUGCCACUCAUUCAACUCCUUAUUCUACUACGAAUGGUCUGCCGUUUUAUACAGAGAGAAUAUAUAGCAAGAAAAUAGAUUAUUUUCCUUUUGGAACGCCGGUUUAUAGUAGCGAAUGCACUAAUGUAAGCUUACUAGUGCUUUUUUCUUGUUUUUUAUACAAUCCUGAAACUUUUACAUAUAGUGAGGAAAAAAAACUAAAAAAUGUCCAUGUAUUAAAAUUCUUUCAAAUAUAUAAAUGUAUAUCUGCUUCCCGCUGUUAUAAUUUAAGUUAUCAGUGGAAUGUUAUGGUUAUAGAAAAUACCUUUAAAAGAUUUGGAAGCAUAUCUAAGCAUAAGUUUAAAACUGGUAUUUUGGGUUUUCUUUGCGCAGUGUAUCGAAUAAGUCAUGGUAUUGAAGGUAAUUUUCCCACAUUGAUAAAUAACCUUAUAUCAACAGUAAACAUUCAAACUGAAACCCCCUUAUCGUCUGAGUUUUUCUUUUUCUUGAAGGAUCAGAUAACAGAGUUUUUCAUAGAGCUAUCUCACAAUAUAGCCCUAACUGUUGAGCUUAAAAAUCUCUCCAGAUUUAAAAUUGACAACGAUUUCGAUAUUUCCGGGAUUAUUGAGCUAAAAUACACGCAUGAUGGAAUAACAAGUGGAAUACAGCUAGAAAUAACACCAGCUACUGUAAAAACUAGUUUGUUAGACUCUACAAUUACUGACACUGAAGAAAGAAAAAAAAGUCUUUUGGAGCUUAAGAGUUUGUGCUGGUACCCGAAUGGAAAUGCAAAACAUUUGUUCGAGCAUCAUAUCGACAAACUACUCGAAGAAUGUGAUGUAAAUUCAACCUCAACUAUAAAUGAGCCUGUUGCAGGCCCCUCCAAAUAA